AUGGUAAAUUUGGAAAUGCUUACUUUCACUCUGUUCAGCUGCACCGUGUGGACUUGUCAAUUUAAUAAUUCACAAAAGGGCCAACUGUUUUAACCGUGAAAGUAAUUCCGUGCGUUUAAGCAAAAUGUGGACAUCCCCAAGGCUGCGGUCUGUAGACUGUAACGGAUCUGAGUCAAGUGGAGGUGUGGAAAUUGUGGUGAACAUCGGGGGAUUGAGGCAGGUGUUCAGCGCCAACAUUCUAAGCCGGUGUCCGGACACACGUCUCGCAGAGCUGGCGACCCAGGCGGCGGAAAAUGCCGAUGAUCUGACAGAACUUUGCGACGAAUAUUGUGGAGGUGAGUUCUACUUCGAUAGGGACCCAGAGUCUUUUAAAUGUAUAAUGGAAGUCUACUUCUACGGCGAGGUGCACAUGAAGAGAGGGAUAUGUCCUGCUUGUUUUAUGGAUGAGAUGGAAUUCUGGGGAGUCGAAGUAGACUUUCUGGAUGAAUGUUGUCGCUCGAACCUGCAAGAGGUGGAAGAGGAGCUGGCGGAGAUCGCAGAGAGGGUGCAAUCACUGCUGGAGGCCCGCGAGAGGGUGCGAGCUGUCGGCGUCGGCGCGUGGAAGCGCUUUCAGGCGCGCGUGUGGCACAUGAUGGAGCAGCCAGACUCGUCUGUGCCAGCGCGCAUUAUCGCCAUCAUCUCUUUCAUCCUCAUCCUUGUCUCCUCAGCGGCCCUGUGCGCGGGAACGAUCCCUGAGCUCCAAGUCCGCGAUGCUCACGGCAACCCAACCGAGCCGCAAGCCCUCGUGGUCGUGGACACGGUGUGCAUCAUAUGGUUCACGAUAGAAUACCUGCUCAGGCUCUUUGCCGCUCCCGGCAAAAUCCGUUUCCUUUUCUCCUUCAUGAACGUCAUUGACUGCCUGGCCAUUCUGCCUUAUUAUCUCCUGCUGACCCUCACGCAUCUGGGCUCGGCGCUCCUGGAGCUAAGCAACGUCCAGCAGGCGGUCCAGGCCGUGCGCAUCUUGCGCGUAGCGCGCGUUCUCAAGCUCGCCCGCCACUCCUCGGGGCUGCAGACUCUCACGUUCGCCCUGCGGAGCUCGUGCAGCGAGCUGGCCCUGCUGCUCAUGUACAUGGGCGUUGGGGUCUUCCUCUUCUCUGCGCUGGGCUACACCCUCGAGCAGAGUCACCCGGACACCUUGUUCACCAGCAUCCCGCAGGCGUUCUGGUGGGCCGUCAUCACCAUGACGACGGUGGGCUACGGCGACGUGUACCCCAAGACGACGCUGGGCCGCUGCAACGCCGCCGUCAGCUUCCUGUGCGGGGUCAUCUCCAUCGCGCUGCCCAUACACCCCAUCAUCAACAACUUCGUGGUGUUCUACAGCAAGCAGAGGGUGCUGGAGACGGCGGCUCACCACGAGAUUCAGCUGAUGGACCUGCGGUCGCAAGAGGCGGCCCAGGAGACAGACACGCGCACCAGGAAGCGCACUUACUCGCGCACACACACGCACACCACCAUACACACUGCACGCAGCGACACACAGAUACCCCUGCUGGAAGAGCCUUCUAUACCCACGUCGUCAUCGCACCCGUCUCCACAGGUGCCCCGCUAGAUGUUAUGGGUGCCGGGCCCCUGCUCUUGACCAGGACCUCUGGCAGCUUCGUCUGGGUCCGGAACAAAGCCAUCUGAAAGGGCCCCCCACCCAAUACACACAAUGUAUUGAGGACCCAAUUCUGGGGCCUCCCUCUCCCUGGGCCAUGGAAAACUGACCCCGUUGCUUUGCCACCUCUUAUUGGCUUCCCUGCUCCUGUCCAUAUCAUCCAAGUGUACUCUGGGCCCCUGUGAAGACACGACCCCUGGUCUACUGGUCUAAGCCCCCCUGCAGCUCCAUAAAGGAAUGCAUUUUCACAUUUCCUUUCAAGCUUUUUCAGUGGUUCAUGAACUUGAAGCAGGAUAAAAGACACUACCCACACUGUAUAACUGCACUAAGAAAGUUCAGAGGUACAUAGGCUACAUCUUUUUGUGUGGU